AUGCAAGACGGAUCUUGGUCCCGAUCCGACCACCUAUCCAUAUUCUAUCCACCCACCCAGCCCUUUUCCUCAUCCCAUCUCAACCCCACGCCCGAGUCAAGCCUGGGUCCUCGUGCCCUUCCUCCCACGCGGUGGAGCGUGUGGCAGGCGUGGGGUUUAAGUGGCAACCGCGCCUACGAGAUAAUAACUCGGAAGCUGGGGACGCUGUACGGAGGCAUGAACUCAAUGCCACGCCCACGCCCGUCUUCGCUCGCCAGCACGAUGACGCCACGGCUGCAUGGGAGUCCGCUUGCAGCGCUGUCCUGCACAGGCUGACAAGCUGCACUGCACUGCGCGAGCACUUACUCUUGGGAGGGCGACGACAAUGCCUGGUUCUGUGUCGUCUCCCCGCUCCGCUUUCUGCGCGUGGUGAGCAGGCUGCACCCCAUUCAUGCACGUAACGUGGUUGUUGGAGAGGUGCGUCAUUGCGACUACUGGACACUACCCGUCUACAACCAAUGAUGGGGGUAGCAACCUGUCUCAAGCUUGUUCUGUGGCAGGGGGUCCGCGGCGAGGGCAAGAUUGAGUGCAGCACAGAAGAGCAGGGCAGGGCAGGGCCAGGUAAGGCCUGGU